AUGACCGAGGCAAGCGCGACGCUGGCGAAAGCGCCAGCAGCAGAGGACAAGACCAAUGCAUCAACCGAACCGGCAAAGUCAAACGCUUCUGAGAAUGAAUCAUCGUCAAAGGAUUCGAACGCAAAGAGCGGAGAGCAGUCCUCGCCAACCACGAAGACGGAGGCGGCUGCUGCGCAGACGCACGCGAGCCCAAAGAAGCGUCGCAAAGUCAAUCAUGCAUGUGUCUAUUGCCGACGUUCGCAUAUGACUUGUGAUUCGCGCAACAUAGGCCAUCUCUGUCAUGAUGAGCCCCGAGAAUCUUCGAAGCGGAAUCGAAACGAUCACGAGGAAGAGAGCACGUCGAACAAUGAUUUCACGAACUCGCAAGGUAUGCCAGUAUCAGACGCUGCUGGUAAGCAAAUGCUCGCUGAGGGAGCUCUGAGUCUUCGGCCAUCAACCGUGAACCCGCCGCAAGCUGUGCAGCCGGGGAAUAUAUCUGGUGCAACAACCCAGAACUUAGAAGCCAACCCUCAGCCACUCUUCGCCUACAAUGACUGGCAGCUCAGCGGGCAGAGUCAAUUCCAAGACAUGCAUGCCUUCCAUCCUUCCUACAUGUUCAACGCGCCAGAAGUGACGAAUGAGUAUAAUCUGCUCGGCGACUUCCUCAGCAAUAGCCUGUUAGAUGAUAACUCCAUGUAUCAAGGGGAUGAUCUGCAGGGACUCUCCUCAGAUUCAUCUCUAAUAAAUUCAAUGACGACAAACUUGAAUGGAAAUAACUUAGUCUUUCCACAGCAACAGCAGACACAGCCGGCGCCACAAACGCAAAAUCAGAAUGCUCAGGGGAACUCGAUUCAGCGCCCCAGCUCUGCCGUGGCAAACGAUAAAGCCAAAGAGACUUACUAUAUGACUGCUGCCGAUCCGUCGGGGAUGGACCCUCCGGAAGAGCGGAUGAACAAGCUACUCAAGGCAAAGUACGAUGCAGGAAUGUUGAAACCAUUCAACUAUGUGAAGGGCUACGCAAGGUUGAACCAAUACAUGGAAAAGCACAUGCAACCGGCAUUACGACAGAAAAUUCUUCGUCAGCUCGAUAAAUUCCGGCCGAAAUUCCGCGAACGCAUGCAAAGCCUCACGGAUAUCGAGCUGAUCUACGUCGAAAUGUGGUUUGAACGGAGCCUCAUGGAGUACGACCGAGUUUUUGCCAGUAUGGCUAUCCCUGCCUGCUGCUGGAGACGAACUGGCGAAAUAUUCCGGGGAAACAAAGAGAUGGCAGAGCUCAUUAAUGUGCCUAUUGAAAUGCUACGAGACGGAAAGCUUGCCCUGCACGAAAUUAUUACAGAGGAUCAACUCGUUAGCUACUGGGAAAAGUUUGGGGCCAUUGCUUUUGAUAGCUCUCAAAAAGCCAUGCUCACAAGCUGCACCCUGAAGAGUCCGAAUUCCGAUAACUCCGGGCAGGGCAUACCGUGUUGCUUUUCAUUUACAAUCCGUCGCGACCCAUACAACAUGACUAUUCAUGGCGUUACUGGCGUAUAUCUAGUCUCAAUGCCAUUGGCCAACGGAGAUUCUCGAUUGUCUUUCUACCAGGGUUUCCUCCUUCUCUUUAGAUUUAUGUGUCAAGAACGGUAUCUACAAGUUACCAUGGCAUGUUCAUCAAAUAGAGAUUCCGAUGAGAAAGCUGCAUCUGUUUGUGCAUUUGUCGCGGAUGUGCAAGUCCAGAUCGCAGAUAUCCCGUCCUUUGCCUCGCUGGCUUUGGACAAUGACGUUACCGAUUCACUUCAACAAUAUCUUAAUUGUCUUCCCUUGAUACCUUCGUUACUUUCUGCUCGCUCUCGUCAUUUGCUUGAUCUGUCCGGUACAGCUCUAUGGAAUUCCUGCACUCGGCUGGCACGCAUAUUUGAUGAAAGAGGAGGUGAAGGAGGUCACCUGAAUUUGCUUACUCAAGGUAUCUCAGGGCUAUAUCCGCGUAAAUUGCAUGGGAUAAUAAGUAGUGUCGCAGUGCAGGCUCUUUCGUUUCUGAUGCUGGACAGCUGUGGCACUAAAAUGCGCAAAAUUCUGUAUUGGUUUGAGGUCCAUAUCCCAAUGUCUGAUCCAGGCUCAUUUCUGGCGAUAGAGAGCAAACAGCUACAUCUGGGCUCGAAGAUCCUCGAAAGGGCAGCUGCACGGAUAGAGAUACUCGAGACAUGCCAUAACGAUAACAAUGACGAUUUCAGGAGCACCCAAGCUCUUUUCGCGAGAUACUACCUGAUUCGCGCUUUCCUCUCAUCGCGUCAGGAGAAACCCCAUCUUGCUGAGCACAUGUUGUCUAAGAUUCCUGAAUCUGCUAUUGAGAAUGACCUUUAUAUGGCAGAAGAGGUCGCCGAUCUGUGUAACAACAUCGCAAAAUGGGCGCUUCAGAGCAAUAAGACAGAGUUGGCGAUAGAAUGGUUGCAAAGGGCGUCAAAAAUGCUCAAAAUUCUAGACACACGCAAGUCUGAUUUCGAUUUCCGACGCAUUCAUCUGGCCGUUCUUCAGACUCUUGAUCUUGGGAGGAAUACAGAGGCCUUCCAGAGUCAAGCAAUGGAAACAAUGAAAAUAAUACAGAAGGUAGAAGCUUUGUAUUACAUUCAAAAACUUUUUAACUGGAGUCCUCAACUAUCCCUCGAGGCUCUAAGAGAACUGUUUCUGGAGAAGCAUGCAGUCUAUGAUAAUAUGCCAUGGAUUGAAAGAAGCUUUGUUGCUGUAAUCAGAUUAGUUACUGCGGCAUCGCUGGAUACUCAGGAUUGUUUGGAAUUCCUCAACGAUACAGCAACCAAGUUGAGCGACGCCUCGCGAUUGUCCUUGAGCGCCACGGCUGCGGAUGCGUCUUUGAUUGUCAGAAAACACCAAUCCUCUUCUCGAUGGAAACUAACAAUGGGCAACAGAUCCUCUGGAAGAAGAUCGAAUCCGAGUUUUUGCAGAGAAACUUCUCAACGGCCCAAGAAUGGUGCCGUUUUGGUAGGACUGAAGAAUCCACAUUCUCAAGUUGUUGUCUCUGACCGCGAACUAGGGACGACAUGCCUCGAUUCCCUUUCCAAACUAGACGCGGAAGGAGGCAUGGCGUAUCUUCUCGCGUGCAUAUCCGAAGCGCAGUGUUCAGGGAACAGAAAACAGGCGAUUAUGGCGUUAGACCAAGUUCUGAAAAAGCAAGACCGUCUGGACAGUCAAAAUACCAAGAUCAGCUUGCCUGCCUUGUUGCGCUGCACUGCUCGACUUAUAGUACUCGAGAUGAGAGAGAAUCCAGUCAAUGAUCCAGCACUUAGAGAACGAGUGUGCACGAUUUUCGAGCGUUCGCAGCAGUACUUGAAGCAGACAAGCACAAUAUCUCAUGGAACAGUAAUGGUUUCUCACUUGUCGAACUUGAGUGGUUUUCAAGCAACAGCUACAGAAUUGAUCCUACGUCUGCUGGACGUGUCUAUCAAGUACCAUCGGCUGACUGCUGAACAGCUACUAGAUCACUAUCCAAACGACCUUGGCUCAGCCGUGCAAGCCGACCUUCGUCAGAGACGUAUUUUAUGUGACUUGCUCGCAGCGACAAUGAUCACAAAGCGUGCACGGCUUCAAAGUGAUGUCUCUAUCAGAGUCAGCUUCCCCGUUUACCAUAUGCUAACUGCUGAAGUCUCGCUACAACUUUCUAUUUUGCCCUGUGCUGUACUGCACUGCACUGAAAGAGAAUACCUAACCGUGCGAGCUCACGCACAUAGUUUCCGCAAUCUCAUCCAACUGCAACUGAAGCAGCUAGAUCGAAAUCGAAUUGUCGACGACGACGACAACGACGACGACAGUGACGGCAGUGACAAAACCGCUCAUUCAAUCUGGACAAAGCGCUACCAAGCAAUACUAUCACUCGACUUCGAGGCAGCCAUCCAGCUGAAACAAUGGAACGAUCUCAGCUCGCUGGUUGAAGAAGCGCGCUCGAUCGCAGACGACGACCUUCAUCAUUUAUACGCGGUAUUUGCGGACAUGAUGCUGUGUGCAGAAGAAGCGCGAGCGCCUGUUGAGAGGGUAAUAAGGAUUCUCGAGCAAAUCCUCCAUGCAAUCCGCACGUCGCAGCCUCAAAUCCAAAUCCCAUCUGGCGAUUCAUCCAACUCUGAACGACGGCAGCGACGACGACACCUGCUCCCACGAUACUUCCGCUGCCUAUUCGAACUCGCAUUGAGCGGGAAACAGAAAACAAAAACGUGCAGUGGCGGCAGCAGCAGCAGCAUCUCUUCUAAUUGUAUUAGCACGGCCGUAGCGGAGCUAAUCCUCGAUCAAGCGUAUAUCCUUGCUCGGGAUAUGGCCAUGGAUAUGAAUAUGAAUAAUAUGAAUAUGAAUACAAGCACAAGACACGGGGCAAACAACAGCAACAACAGCAACAACCCUGCCGACGAGCAUGAUCGCUAUGAUUAUUAUUAUCCCCGUGAAGAACUCGAAUACCUCAGCACAGAAGCCUUCAACCACGCCGUGGAUCUCUACCAUCUCUCCCUGCAGUCCAGAUCCGAGGGGAACGCGGAUACUGCACGACGCUGGGCACGCAAAGCCAUCGAGUUGGCAGAACUCAUUCGCGGCGAGGACGACGACAAGGACAAGGGGAAACUGGUGGAUGAGCUGCGGGGGAGAUUUGACGAGUUGUUGCAACAACAAACAUAG